AUGUCCGACCACCCCUCAAACGCAAACCUCAGCCCCCAACACCGCUCCGCCGCCGUGAUCCUCGUCCCCGAGCGCCACCGCAACCACAAUCCGCCGCCGUCCCCCGCCGGCUUCCUCCCCCACCCGAGCAAUGCCAACGCCGGCGCGGCAUCGCCCAACUCCGCUCUGUUGCCACGCGAGUACCGGAAGGGUAAUUGGACCCUCCACGAGACCCUCGUUCUCAUCGCCGCCAAGCGCUUCGACGACGAGCGGCGCUCGCGCGGCGGCGGCGCCGAGUCGAAGCCCACGCUCCAUCAGAACCAGAGCCAGCAGAACUGCCGGUCGGCGGAGCAGCGGUGGAAGUGGGUGGAGAACUACUGCUGGAACCACCAGUGUUUCCGGAGUCAGAACCAGUGCAAUGACAAGUGGGACAAUCUCCUCCGCGACUACAAGAAGGUCCGCGACUACGAGGCCAGGAGGUGCCCAUCGUCGUCCUCCGACAAGGUGGACGACAAGAAGGGAAGCAAUGACGACGUGGCCUCUUCCUACUGGAUCAUGGAGAAGCACGAGCGCAAGGAGAGGAAUCUCCCUUCCAACCUCGUCCAAGAGGUCUUCGAAGCGCUCACCGACGUCCUCAGUCGGAGGAACGCCAACAAAGCGAGCGUUUCAAAUGCCAUCACCCUCACUCCUCGUCCCCCUCCUCUCACGGUGGUGCCGGCGGCAGCUCACGAAUCCCUGCAACCGAUUGCAACGCCAGCCGCGCCGCCGCCUCCACCGCCUCUGCAGCAGCAGGAGCCGCACCGACAGCCGUCAAUCUCCGGUAAUCUGCCGCCGCAAAACAGUCAUCUCCAAUGCCAUAUUCUCCGACGUCAAAUAUCUCCCUUUUCUUCGUUUCCUUUUCUGUUCCCUGCGGCGCACACGUUGGAAUCUCGUCAAGAACAUGAAGAAAAUUUGGCAAAAGUGCAGUUUUUCUCUGGUGAGAUUCUUAUAUGAAAGCCGAGGUAGCUGACAGCCGUGAGGAUUUCUCUGGGUUCAGCCAGCUUCGCGCUCGUUCCCCCGUUCCUCCCUCGUUUUCUACCCUUGGACGACAUCGCUCUCGACAAUCUGCUUUCUACCCACCCCUCUUGUUUUCGCGGCUGUCAUGUUUCCAGUUUCAUCUCCGAAAUGCGAGCUUUUUCCUUCACCUCACGCCUUUCGGCCUCGGAACCCGGUCAACGGCGAGCUUCCGCGAGAGGACAGACUGGUCGGAUCACGUCCGAAGAUCCAUAUUCCCUCGCCGAAGGCCGAGCGGAUUCCAUUGAGCUACUCGACCCUCGACAGCUUUAGCGUGUUUAAUGGCGGUUCUGCUGUUAUAAUAAAUAACCCCCCAUCGUUCGAUCGGCUUGCGAUCCAUCAGAGUUGUCGAGCUCGUCGGAGGGCACCGAGGCCAGCGAGCGCGAGGACUCCGACGCGAAACGCCGGAAGGUCCGGAACCUGGGCGCGAGCGUCGUCCGCGGCGCGUCGGUGCUCGCGCGGGCGCUGCUGGCGUGCGAAGACAGGAGGAGCAAGCGCCACCGGGAACUGCUGGACCUGGAGGAGAGGCGCUUGCGCGCCGAGGAGGACCGCACGGAGAUGAACCGUCAGGGGAUGGCCGGCCUCAUCACCGCCGUCGACAACCUCGCCGGUGCCGUCCACGCCCUCGUCUCCGACCGCCGGAACGAGUUAUCGAGAUGA